CAAUGGCAUUUCGAACAAAUUCAAUAAAUGUUAACAGCAAGAAACGUUAUACAGGCAGUUUAACAUAUUCCAGAAGUGGUAUAGUGUACAAUGCAUUGCUCAUAUGUAUUCUAAUAACACUCAAAUACUUCACUAUCAAGUUUUUGUGCGAAACUGAAUAUGGCGGGAAGAUAAAAUUUGAAAAAACUAUCAAUGUUAUGCAUGACUCUUUUACAGUAUUUUCGGCCAUAUAUAUUUUACUGGUAUUCAGUAUUCAACAAAAAAGGACCAUCACAUUAGUAAAUGACUUUAAAAUUAUAGGACAGUCAAUAUUAGCAUUGAACGACAAAAAUUUUUCGCUUCUCAGCGCAGUGAAAAAUAUUUUUCUUGCCAAUACUUUUACGUGGUUUUUACUUAUAAUUACCUCGGUCGUAGGUGACUGGGAUCUUAACUUGUACAAUAUUUCAAUAUAUUUAUGCAACACAAUAAUCAAUAGCAUUUUUAUGCAGUACAGUAUCAUAUUAAAUUUGAUUAAGGAAAUGUUAUAUUACAUCAAUCAAUAUUUGUCGAAACUAUUAAACAAUGCAAAUCCUGUGUCAGGAAUUUCAUUCAUACAUAGCAAAAAAAUGCAAUACGAAAUCAAUAAGUUGACAUAUUUAAGAAAUUUACACACGUCAAUUUUCAAAUUCUCGCAGGAUGUGUCAAACUUUUAUUCUCAGUUGAUACUGCUCGGUAUUCUCUAUGUAUUUGUAACGUCGGUCCUCUUUGGUUAUUAUAUCUUGAUACCAAUCGUUCACGGAAGAUAUCCAGUAUCACGGGCUGACUCUAUCCACUGCAUCUUCUUUUUACUUUUAUAUGCAGUUUCAUUAAAAAUACUUAUGAAUACUGCUACAAUGACUGUUAAAGAGAGUAAAAAGUUAAGAGAUAUCCUGAAUGAUAGUUUAGACAAUAUUGAAGAUGAAAGUGUUAUUAAAAAAGUGAAUAAUUUUUCAAUUUAUUUAUUGCAAAAGGAUAUGAAUUUCGCUGUAUACAAUUUGUUUUCAUUAGAUGAAUCAAUAUUGCUGUCGAUUAUAGGUUCAGUUAUGACAUAUCUAGUAAUUAUUUUGCAAUUUCAAACAGAAGAAUCCAAGUCAGUUUAA